AUGGGUCAAACAUCGGAACCAGACAGCGGGAUGAAGAGGGCCGCCGAGGUGUCGGAAGCCAUGUUGUCUGUGCCGGGAUAUGCGGAUGAUUCCAUCUUCUUUACUGUCCGCUACGGACACAGGGCAAAGGAGACACUGCGGAAGCGCGAUUAUGAAGAGUUGAUGGAAACCCUGAACAAGAUGACGGUGCUUUGGUCCAAGAGUGGAGGCGGCGGUGCCAAGCCCGGACCAGGCGCAGAGGAGCGACAUGCGCAGAUGAUGGAGCUGAGAGGGCAUUGCUUUGAAAUCAUCAAGGACUUUCCCGACCUCGUCCGAGACUUUGACCGGUUCCACGCAAGCUCCAGGGCUGCCAUGUCAGCAGUCAUGCGAGCCUGA